AUGCAAUCCAUGUCGCACUCGAAAGCUGAAGUGCGAUGGGAUGCUCCCUUGUGCAUCAUUGAUCUUGAUGUCAUGAAUGCAAGGCUCAUGGAGCUUGAGAGGGCCGUUUUUGGUGAGAGAACAUAUAAGCCUAGGAAAACAGUUGAGCUUCCAGUGUCUGGUGUUACUUUUGUCGACGAAAAAACUGGAGUAGCCGAAUAUUUUGGGUCUACAUCAACAAUAGAUCUCCUCAGAUCAUUCCACAAAGCAUUCGGUCAGGCCCACACCAAUGGGGCCGAUGAGCGGGCAAGCAAGCGUCGGCGGCAGGACACGAAUGAGCACCCAAUAGGCUCUGAUAUACCUCGCAACUUCCGACCACAGGAGAUCUAUACAUCACUAACUUUGAGAUGGGGGACAAGACAGUGGCCAAUGGAAGAUCGCCAUGAGACGAACGCGUUCCUUUUCUUCCGUUAUGUCUAUAACACAGUCCCAAUCCUUGACAAAAAGGUGUUCUGCAAUACGUACAAAGACUUCGGGGAAAAGCCCGAAACCCCUCAAAGUCUAGAAUUGGAAUGUCUCACAUACUCAGUCCUAGCUCUUGGUGCCCUGUACCCACGCCGCACCAUCCCCAAUGCUGGCGAGAAAUAUUUUGCCGAAGCACAGUGUCUUCUUGCAAAUUUACUUGGGGCUAGCAGUCUGAAGACUGUGCAGGCUGCUUUAUUGAUGGCUGUAUAUGCUCAUUAUACGGCACGACACAAUCUUGCAUAUGACUACUUAGGAAUUGCAAUCAGGCUUGCAUACUCGGCAGGGCUGAACAGAAACUUCGACCAAGCCGGCUUCACCAACACUGCCGUCCAAGAGGCCAGGAGAACGUGGUGGGUGCUGUAUAGUUUAGAGUCCGAAUUGUGUUUGGAAUACGGUAGACCACUCUGUAUCCGAGAGACGGAUUCCACGGCGCCGUACCCCGAGGAGACUCUGGACGAGACUGCCAAUUUCAGCAGGAUAUCCUUCGUAAUUGUCAUGGCUAAAUUUUCCAGAACGGUCCGCAAAGUCAUUGACUUGGUUUCGAACAUUGACGAAAAACGAAAUGAAAUAGAAUCAUUCGUUGGCCGGCUCAUGAAUCUUCAAGCGGAACUCAUGACCUGGAAAGGGGAGUUGCCGGCACAUCUCGCGAACAAGGAUCCUGUAAGAGGCGACGCAAUUGGCUAUGAUGCCAUCGGCUGGGUUCGACGGCAGUGCCGCGACAUUGACCUUCGUGAGUGA